UCCCAUCACACGUCAUCAAUAGGCGACGAAUGCGAAAGUCAACGUGCGCGUUCCGUCCCUGAGUUUAUGAGCGGAACCGGAGGCUGUGACGGUAGCUGCAGAGCAGUGAUAAAGGCUUUUAAAAGUGUCACAUCAACCCUGCAAAAGUUGGAAAGAAGCGGCUGCCAUUUAAUGUUAACACCGACAUGGAGGUGAAAGAGGAGUCCUGUGAGGCCGACAUAAAUACAAUGGAGUUAAGGAGUGUGAGUAUUAAGGAGGAGGACUGUGAUGAAGAGUCUGUUCGUCGUGAACAGGAGAGUCUGUGCAUUAAGGAUGAAGAUUAUGAACUGGUAACCGUGGGCCUUAAAGAAGAGGCUGAGGAGACAUCGGUCAGCAUCGAGACACACGCAAGUUCUGAUCGUGUUGACUUCAAGGUGAUGUCUGAGUCAUUACGGUCUGACACCGAGAGGACUGAGGACACGCCAUCUGUUGGAACUGCGCAAGAACAACCGUCAUCAUCAAGUUGGUCUGGAAAAAGAGGCAGACUUCAUUGCUGUUCUGAAUGUGGCAAACAAUUUCCACAUUUAAGAAAGCUUCGGAUUCACACCAGAAUUCACACCGGGGAGAAGCCAUACAGCUGUUCUGAAUGUGGGAAACGCUUCUGUCGCAAGAGUGAUCUUUACGGACACAAUAAAAUGCACACCGGCGAGAAGCCGUUUGGCUGUUCUGACUGUGGCCAUCGAUUCUCAAGACUUGCCGAUCUUCGCACCCACUCCAGAGUUCACACUGGAGAGAAGCCAUACUGCUGUUCCGAAUGUGGUAAACACUUCUCUGUGAAGAGCACACUUAAGAAACACAAAAGAACUCACACUGGAGAGAAGCCAUACAGCUGCUCUGAAUGUGACAGACAAUUCCGUACCAGCAGUGAUCUUCAGAACCAUAAAACGGUCCACACUGGAGUGAAGCCAUAUUCUUGCUCUGAAUGUGGCAAACAGUUUUCGCGAAUGACCAAUCUUCGGAGGCACCAAACCAUCCAUACUGGAGAGAAACCAUAUUGCUGUUCAGAAUGUGAUAAACGAUUCUUUAGCAAAAGUGACCUUCAGAACCACAAAACGUUUCACACUGGAGAGAAGCCGUAUUCUUGUUCAGAAUGUGGCAAACAGUUUUCAAUAAGCAGGACUCUUCAGAUGCACAAGAGAAUACACACUGGAGAGAAGCUGUAUAGCUGUUCGGAAUGUGGCAAACGAUUUGGACAGAUCACCAGCCUUCGGACUCACACAAGAAUUCACACUGGCGAGAAGCCAUUUUGCUGUUCUGAAUGUGGCAAGCGUUUUUCUGAGAAGAGCAGCCUUCAGAAGCACAAAGUCAUUCAUACGGGAGAGAAGCCAUACUGCUGUUCUGAAUGCGGCAAGCAGUUUUCCCACAAGUGCAAUCUUCGGAGCCACCAAAGCACUCACACUAGAGAGAAGCCGUACUGCUGUCCUGAGUGCGGCAAACAGUUUUCGUUAAAGAAGGCUCUCCUGGUACACACAAGGAUUCAUACUGGAGAGAAGCCGUUUUGCUGUUCCGAGUGUGGCAAGCAGUUUUCACAAAAGAGCACUCUUCAGAGCCACCAAAGAAUUCACAGUGGUCCCACCACAAUGAACAGACAAGACCACGCAAGCCAGAAAAUGAGAGGACUGGACGACACACCAGCGGUCAGUUGUAACAAGCGCAGUGUCCGGACCUGUGAGGGAACAUGCCGCUGGCUGGCCGAGACAGCAGGAAGACCUGGAGAAGCUGGCUAUAAAGCAGUCUGGGAGCAGCAGCACAUAACGGUGGUUGACUGGGGGCUGUUGGGGUCGAGCGGGGCACCACCUCUGACUGCUCAGUUUGCGUGUCCUGUCGCUUUAACGGGACUCGUCAUCGAGAGAGAGAUGAAGGAUCUGCCAUUUCCUGUAACUCACAUGGAGCUGAGCGGGAGGACGUGUCACGUAGGCUUGAAUGACAUGGAGAUCAGGACUGUAACUAUUAAGGAGGAGGAGGAGUGUGAAUGGGAACAAGUUCAGCCUGAACAGGCGAGUCUGCAUGUUAAGGAGGAGGACUGUGAACAGGGGACGGUGGGCAUCAAGGAAGAGACGGAGGAGAAGCCGCUGGUCCUCCACAUGGACGAGUAUAACAUUAUAGUCCAGGUCAAGGAAGAAGACCUUCAGGUGGGGUCCGUCUGUCAGUCGGGGGGUCAAGAUGGAGGCGUCAGCGGAUUUGUCUCACCUCAGAGUCGUCCACCGUCGCCAAAUCAGGUUGGAGAUGAUAUACAGGAGGGUCCCAGCUUGUCGCCAACUUUGUCUGUUCAGACUUCAGUUCAGGACAGACCACAACAAACCUUGCAUGAUGAAAAUAUGAAGGAACCAACAAAAUCUUCUAAAUGCCAGUCUCAGUACAAAGACAGUCAGUGGAAUCAUACAAGACAGAAGCCAUACUGCUGCUCUGAAUGUGGAAAACGCUUUUUAAAAAGCAGCCAUCUCAAGAACCACAAAAGAAUUCAUACUGGAGAGAAACCGUAUUUCUGUUCUGAAUGUGACCAAAGAUUCUCCAGCAGCAGCAAUCUUGCUACCCACAUGAGAACUCACACUGGUGAGAAGCCGUACCGCUGUUCUGAAUGUGGCAAAGGAUUUUCUAGAAAAAACCACCUUGAGAAGCACAAAGGAAUUCACACGGGCGAAAAGCCAUAUUGUUGUUCCGAGUGUGGCAAAGGAUUCUGUUCAAAGAGUGGUCUUAACACCCACCUGAGGACUCACAAUGGAGAAAAGCCCCAUUUCUGUACUGAGUGUGGGAAACGAUUCUCAAAAAGGAACCAUCUUGAGACUCACAGGAGAAUUCAUACGGGAGAGAAGCCAUAUAGCUGUUCUGAAUGUGACAAAAGAUUCACUGUCAGGAGCAACCUUAACCAGCACAUGGGAACUCACGCUAGAGCAAAGACCAACACCAAGAUGGAUGGGAGAGAGGAAACGGAUGGGGCUGACAUAAACGCCAUGGAGAUCAGGACUGUGUGCAUUAAGGAGGAGGACUGUGAAUGGGACUCUUCCUACCCUGACCAGGAGAGUCUCGGGAUUAAGGAUGAAGAUUAUGAACUGGUAACUGUGGGCAUUAAAGAAGAGACUGAGGAGACGUUGGUGAGCAUCGAGACGCGUGCUGGUUCUGAGCGUGUCAAUGUUCGGCCCGAUUCAUUACAGUCUGACACAGAGAGGACGGAGGACGUAUCAACUCUUGGAACUGUGCAAGAUCAACCGUCAUCGUCAAGUUGUUCUGGAAAGCGAGGCAAAUCUUAUUCUUGUUCUGAAUGUGGCAAGCAAUUUCCUCAUUUGAGAAAGCUUCGGAUUCACGUAAGAAUUCACACUGGGGAGAAGCCAUACUGCUGUUCCGUAUGUGGCAAACGAUUCUGUCGCAGGAGUGGUCUUUACGGACAUAAGAAAAUACACACUGGUGAGAAGCCAUAUUCCUGCUUUGAAUGUGGCCAUCGAUUCACAAGACUCGCCGAUCUUCGCAACCACACAAGAGUUCACACCGGAGAGAAACCGUAUUGCUGUUCUGAAUGUGGCAAACAGUUUUCACACAAGUGCAAUCUAAUGAGACACAUAAUAACUCAUACGGGAGUGAAGCCGUACUGGUGCUCUGAAUGUGACAGGCGAUUCUGUACCAACAGCGAACUUCAGAACCAUAAAACAAUUCACACUGGAGAGAAGCCAUUUUCUUGUUCGGAAUGUGGCAAACAGUUUUCAUUAAGUAGAAGUCUUCAGAUUCACAAAAGAAUACACAGCGGAGAGAAGCUGUAUUGCUGCUCUGAAUGUGGCAAACGAUUCCGACAAGUCUCCAAUCUUCGGACUCACAUGAGAAUUCACACUGGGGAGAAACCAUAUUGCUGUUCAGAUUGUGGCAAGCAGUUUUCUGAACGGAGCAGCCUUAAGAAACACCAAGUAAUUCACACAGGAGAGAAGCCAUAUUGCUGUUCAGAAUGUGGUAAACAGUUUUCACACAAGUGUAACCUUCAGACCCACAAAAGCAUUCACACCGGAGAGAAGCCAUUUGGCUGUUCUGAAUGCGGCAAGCGAUUUUCAGUGAAGAAGGAUCUCGUCGUGCACUCAAGAAUUCACACGGGAGAGAAGCCGUUUUCCUGUUCUGAAUGUGGGAAGCGCUUUUCACAAAAGAGCAAUCUGCACAGCCACAGAAAAAUUCACAGCGGCGCUACAACAUUGAACAGAUAAGACCACACACCAUAAGGGUACUGUGAGUGAGGUAAUGAGAGAACUGGACCAGCGGUCAGAUGACGAUGAGCUUGUGUGCUGUUAAGUUUAUGCAACAAAUCGUGAAUUUCCAAAUGGAGGAUAUGCCAGGAGGGCUCGUAGUCACUGGAGUCCAAAACUAUAAUCCCUACAUGCAAAAGAAGUACAAUAGCCGAAUCAAUCCUAUGAGCUUUAAUUGGAAUUGUAGGAAGUAAGUAAAUAAGUCAGUAGUAAUUAGAGUUAAAAAAAUAAAUGAAUACGGUAAAGAAGCAGCAUUUAUACCAACAUUAACGCCAAAUUUAGUAGAGGGAGAAAAGAAAAUGACAAAAUGGCUGAAAAUAAAAGAUCAACACGUUGACACUCCACGCUGGAUUAAAUGAAAUAAACAGAUUCUCUACGGAGUUGGGGUCAUUGAAUGGGGUCCUUGCAGAAUUCCAACACCUGAAUAUCUGGAGUUGUGUCUAAACACAAAACAACUGCAGCUUCACAAUGGCAAACUCUGAAUGCAUUUAGAAGCCUUAAAGUUAAGAAGAUCUAAAUGGAAAAACACAGACCCCUAAGUCCUAUAGAAUAUUAAAUGGGGGCCACCAGGCAUAAAAUAAACUAGGAUUUUGGAGAAGAAAAAAAGAAAAUAUGGAGAUCACCAAGAAUGUAAUGAAGAAGCAGCCUGGAUAAGCAAGCUAUAGGGUGGUCCAGAUCUAAUUAUGCAAUUUUCAUUACUCUAUAACAAUGUGCAACGCAGGAUGUUGGAGGAAUUUGGACCGCCUGCGGUGCAUAGGAACACGAUCUCCCAAAUCAACGAAACAUUUGACCGGACUGGUAGCUCCAAUCACCCAAAAUUUUAUUGUUUUCCUGCAUUGCAUUAAGAGUUGCAUGAUUAGAUCUGGACCAUCCUGUACAAACGGGAGCAGAAAACCUGACCCCCUGCAGUUCUAUUUAUUUUAUUUUGUGACGGUUGAAGAAUCUGAACUCAAACUCGGAACUGCUGCUAAGUAGAAGAUGCCCAUUGCAGAGGCUGUACCCAACUUGUGACUCUGGCACCUCACCACCCUACACUGGGUUAUGACAGGGUGUAAAGAUAAAGAAUUUACAGACGUCUACACCAACAAUAGUAGAACCGAAUGACAAAGAAAUGGAGGUGAAGUGACACAGAAGACCAACUACUAGUAGUUAACUAAAGCCAGUGCCUCAUUGCAUGACUUCUAGUGAUGGGGUAUGUCCGAUUUGCCCACCUCCAGUGCUUAUCUUAUUACUGGAUCAUGCCAGUUUGAACAUCACUGCCUGUGUCACGUUUUCUGACUUAAGUGCUGACCUUCUGGAUCAGUCGUACUCGCUCCUUUUUCUGACCGUCAAUAGUGGCACAGUCUGAAGGCUUAGCAGGUAUGGCGAGUUCAGCCACCUUCUCUUUGUUUCCAUUCCAUCGUGGUACACACAACAACCAUCCUCAGCAUCAGACAGGCGAGCUUCUCUUCUCUUUGUGAGGUUCAUUCUUUGUAUUGUACUUCUGGAUGAGCGUUCAAUUAGUUGUCAGCACAGAGAGCCCCCUCUAUGACUAAAGACAGAAUCAAAACUGUUCCAGGGGGGUGAGCUGUGGACUCAACGGUGGGAGUCAUUGGACAAGUCGCAUCAUGUGACCACACAACCAGCCCCGGGCUCAUCUGAGAUUGCAUAACUGCAAAUCUCUGGAAACUUUAAAUAAUGUGGCAAAGGGCCUGAAGAAAUCCAUGUAGCUGCAAGAAAGGCCGAAAGCCUCUGUGUUUAUAAAAGAGCCAGCACUGUAUAAUCGUGCCAUCCCACCCGGCUGGAUCAUCAGAUGUUUGGAAUUGUGUCACGUCCACCCGUUCUCCUCAAUUUCACCAGCACCAUUAUUCAUUUUCAAACAGAUUUAUUGCGACAAAGGACGGAUCGCAAUAACUCGAGGGCAUAUCGAGGAGACGCGUGAUCUCCUCUCUGGUUGUGCAUCACAUUAAACCGUCUAAGCAGUGACCUUGGCUGUGGGUUAACGUCCUCUCUUGAAAUCAGCCGAACCCUCAAGUGUUUUUUGCGGAUGACCUAAAGCUAUACAUCCUCCAGCAACUGGCACCUAAAAGAGCUGUGCUUGGUGAAAGAGUUUGUGAAUCGCACCUGUUCUGACAUUUAGGCCUCAAACGAGUUAAACUCGGCAAAUGAACAUCCGCCUUGAUCAGAAUCGUGUCAUCCGAGAAUUGGACCAGACAACACGUACAAACACUUGGGUAUUAAUGAAGGAACAGAUCUAAAACAAAAUAUUAGGCACUAAGGCAGACUGAUAGCCGAGAGUGAAGAAAAUCCACCUUUGGACCCUAACAGCCACACACAAACAAUCGCAGCCCUAAACUAAAGCAGCAGGCCCCCUGUCUUGACAUCCUGUGUGCGACUCCAAAGCUAUCUUUGGACAAACUGGGCACUUAAACCAGAAAACCACUGCAUGGGUGCGAACUUCGUACCAGUGAUCUCCACACGACCAAAUAAUGUGCUGGCAGUGGGGUAACGUUACGUUAAUUCAUCCAGUCCACUUUGUUACCUUCUAAUCCCUUCCGGUUAUCUUCGCGCGCACACGGUUUCAGUUACAGUGAGACCCACUUGCCAGAGUCGGCUUUUGGUUAAGUGCCCCUCACUGCAAAACCAAGAAUCCAUAUGAUGAAGUUCUUUCCAUGCCUCGCUACAAGGGGGGUAUGGCUUCCCUUACUCCAAUUCCAUGCCCUUGAUUUUGGUUCUGCAGCAAGUACCCUGACACUUUUGGAGGUCAGUUGAUUUAGACUCGAGUGUUGUAUAAAUGAAAGUCCGUGUUAUUUGGACAGCUGAGAUGAUGACAGUUGGCAGGCCACACCACACUGGUGGAGUAAAAAACAUCUGUGGAAAUUUCCUCAAAGCAGCUGUCACCUUUUUUUGUGUUUUGUAUCUCGUGUGAGGAGCUCGUAAUGAGGUUUUCCCUCUCUGUUCAUUUGAUUAUUUUAUUUUUUCUGAAUCGCAGACGAUUCAUUGUUUUGUAUCAAUUUCCAGUUAGUCUGGUUGCAUGUCACACUGCUUUCAUCACUUCAUAUCAUAGUGUCCUAUUCAAGGGUCCUGCCCCAUCAGCGGGUUUCGUUGGGCAGAAACAUUAAUGUCAUGGCGGGUCGGCAACAGAUCCUCUGUGUGCUCGGCCACAUUUCCCUUAAUAAUUUGGUUUAUUCGCCAAUCACAGCUCUGUGAGCCAAGUGCCUGUUAUCGAACAAGCGGAAGAUGACUUGAACAUUAUGCACUACUACACGAACAGGACACGUUUGAAAAAGGCCGAGUGUGCAAAUGGAAGGCAGCUCUGCCGAGGGGAGGGUAAGUGCGCCACUUUCACGGUGGUACGUGUAGCCGAUGAGCUUCACUUCAGUGUUUGUUCUGCACUUCCUGUCGAGCAGCCAUCACGAGGACGGAACUCCAACUAAGUGCAUCUCAAAUUGCACGUCUGCUUUCUUAACUCGUGUAUAUACAGGGUGGUCCAGGUCUAAGUAUGCAGAUCCAGAGCGUCUGGGUGACUUUGAUUUAUGUGGGGACGAUUCUUCAUGUCGUCAGUUCGCACACUUCUCGAUGGUCCGGG